GUCAGAAAAUACUUCCUGUCUUGACUCCCAAUUCCCAAAAGAAGAGGAAGAGAGUGGCUGCAGUAGUAGUAACGGUUUAGUUUAUGGGAGUCGGAUUUGUGAAGCCAAAAGCCUAAAGUUAUCAUGAAAAUCAGUUUUACAGCUUCUUUACUUCUGUUGGCCAUCUCAGUCUGCAGCUGCAGUGAAGGCAAAAAGAAAUUGCAGAUUGGAGUCAAAAAGCGGGUGGAUAACUGCCAGAUAAAAUCUCGCAAAGGAGAUGUCUUGCACAUGCACUAUACGGGAAAGUUGGAAGAUGGAACUGAAUUUGAUAGUAGCAUUCCACGCAACCAGCCUUUUACAUUCACUCUUGGAACAGGACAGGUGAUCAAGGGUUGGGACCAAGGAUUACUAGGGAUGUGUGAAGGAGAGAAGAGAAAACUGGUCAUUCCUUCUGAACUUGGAUAUGGAGAUCGAGGAGCUCCCCCAAAAAUCCCAGGUGGUGCAACUCUGGUUUUUGAAGUCGAACUGUUGAAGAUUGAACGUCGAUCAGAACUUUAAAGUUUUGCCGUUUUGCUUGUCACUGGAAUAGUAAUUUUGGCUGCAAUGUGGGCUCCAUAUUGUACGGUGAAUUUGGGGUUGGAAAACUGGGGCACAGCUGAGUCUGAGCUCAUUUAUCACCAUGAUUUGGUAAUGUGGCGUAUGUUUCAAUGGACAUGGAAGUUUUGUAUGUGCAUAUUUAUAGCAUUAAUGCACUUAUACGCAAAUAUAAUGUGAAAAAGAUUAAAUGUUGCCACUUGUUGAUCAUGGUGGGGGGAAAAAACAUUUUUAACAAUGUAAUUAUGCCCAAAAUUUUUUGUUUUAUUAAAAAAAAUUUGG